CCCUGCGGGUAUUCCAGUUGUGUUGCGGUUGUGUUGGUUGCGUAUCUGGAUUGUCGCUUGUUUGGGCAUCCGUGUCCGCAUCGUCUUCUUCGUUGUGAGCUGGCUUUGGUGGCCGUCGAAUCGUCGCAGGGCUCGAGCUCCACGCGAGCCUCGCACUCUGCCUCGCGGACCCCGCGCCAGGCGCCCGGGAUCCUUCCACCAGCCGUGACGGGCAGCGGCGGCGGUCUAGCAGCCCCCCAAACGCAGCCCGUUUGGAGGUGAGCUAGCGCCGUAAACAAGAGGGCCAGCCGGGAUUUUCGUCAAUCGGAGUUGCAGGUUCCAGCGGAAGGGGCUCGAAGAUGUGUGGGCUACUCGUGCGAUGAAAGGGAAACGCUUCCACCUGCUAGUGCGGCUCAAGUCUCUCUUCUGGCUGCCCGCGUAGCCCGCACACGGUGUCCGCGGACUGCUAUGCCGGUUGAGCGCUGCACUACAGGCCAGUUUCGGGCAGCUGAAACCAUUGCAGUGUUCUAGCCAGCAACAGCCGGCUGACCGAACGUGAAAUCGCAGUCUUCCCAGCACGCAGUGACUCCUUUUCGGUCCGGCACAGGGCGCCGUGGGCCGGCGAGGUUUACCCACCGGGGGGGCAGCAGCCAGCAUGCCUGUGCAGGCUCCGCCCCCUCAUUCGUGGGGCAGCAUGGCUGCAGCCGCAGCCCGCAAUGCCUGCUGUUGCUGCCGUGGCCGUGCUGCACCUCCUGAAGGAGGAUGUCACGCACCCCAGUGCCAUGCCCAUCACUCCCAACGACAGCAGCAGCAGCCGCAGCCGCAGCAGCAGCAGCAGCAGCAGCAGCCGCAGCAGCAGCAGCCGCAGCAGCACCAUCAUCAUCAGCAGCAGCGGAAGCAGCAGCAGCAACCGCGGCAGAGGUGCCAUCUACCUGAGAAUGGACUUCCCCCGCGCCUUCACCUAGUCUCUGCGCCCCCUCCUCCACCCGUGGCGGCAGCAGUGGCAGCUGGUACCCCUGUGGUUCCAGCAGUUGCACCUGCUGGUGCCACUGGAGCUCCGGAAGAGAGUGCCGAGCAAGCAGUUACACGGUGUGUCCACGAGAUGGCACUCCUUCUCAGGCCUGCUGCUCAGGGUGGGUGUUGGCUGAGCCGGCCCUUGCAACGCAAGCUGGUUGCCCUGGUGCACUGCUCGUUGUCCGAGCCAGAGGGGCGGGCCCGGGCGGCCCGUGCAGCACGCUCGCUGGGCGAGCGCUGUGCCCUUGAGCUUCUCCUCCAGCACCACCAGCACAGCCAGGCUGGCGGCGGAGCAGGCGGAGGGGGCCAACAGCUGAGCGCUGCCCUGUGGGCAGCCGUACGUGCCCGUGGCUGCCAGUUUCUGGGGCCCCACAUGCAGGAGGAAGUGUUGAGGCUGGUCCUCCUUGCCCUCGAAGAUGGGUCACCCCUGUCGCGCAAGGUAUUGGUGCUGUUCGUGGUUCAGCGCCUGGCGCCGCAUUUCCCCCAGGCAUCAAAGACCAGCAUUGGCCAUGUGGUGCAGCUGCUCUACAGGGCAUCUUGCUUCAAGGUGUCCAAGCGAGAAGGCGACUCAUCGCUGAUGCAGCUCAAGGAAGAGUUCUGCACGUAUGAGGCUCUGCGGAGAGAGCAUGACGCGCAGAUUGUCCAGAUUGCCAGCGAGGCAGGCCUGCGGAUCGCACCUGAGCAGUGGUCAUCGCUUCUCUAUGGCGAUGCGGCUCACCGGUCGCAUAUGCAGUCGCUGGUGGACAAACUGCAGAGCCCGCAGUCCUUUGCCCAGAGCGUUCACGAGCUGUCGCUUGCGCUGCAGAGGACGGGCGACCCUGCGGGACUGGCUGCGCUGCGGCCACACUUUGAUUUCCUUGCCCGUUGGGAACCGCCGCCAGACGGUGGUGCACCGACGUGGGAGGAACUGAGGAGGUGUGUUCUGGCAGCCCGUGCCUGCCUUCAAGGGCUGGUGGCAUUCAUGGGGGCAUUUGGGGGUCGGCGAAUGAACGGAGGGGGUGGAGGAGCCCCGCCGCCGUCGUCUCCACCCGGGAGGGGCAGGGCCGAGACGGGGGGUGGCAGUCCGAGCCACAACUCGGGUGGGUCCCGCUACAAAACGAGCCUGUGCCGGGAUGUGGUCCAGCGUGGCUCAUGCCCUCGUGGGGCCCACUGCACCUUUGCUCAUUCCCAGGAGGAGAUGGACAGAAAACCACCUUAUGUCCGACGAAACCGGUACCGAAAAGUCUUCACCGCGAAAAAGCACAGUGCGCCUGUGCAGAAUUCGCCGCCAUCUGAAAGGUACCGUGCAAGGCGGCCUCCAAGGACGUCUGUAGAUAUGUCCAAGCCCGGUGUCAGUAAUGAAUCCCAGGCUGCCAGCACCAGGAUCUAUGAAGCAGGCCGAAGCACCGACCACAUGCUGGCAGCUUGUCCGCCAGUACCGAUCAGCCUGUGCGAGUCGCCGCCGCCACCCAUGCUAGCCCCUCCUCUUUCCCUAUGUUUGGAUCCUGGGCCUCCACCUGUUGUCCCAAUCGGCCUCAAUCCCGAAAGCCCGGCCUUCCACCCGGACGAGCCCUGGCUCAGCCCUUCUCCACCAUGCCAGGAUGAUGACGAUGACUGGGGCUCCAGCCAUGGGUCCUGUGAGAGCUCUACCUCGAGCCAUCAUCCCACUAGACCUUGCCCAUCCGAGGAGGACCCCUUGGUACCCUUUGACCCUCCCCUGGUCUCCAAAUAUGGCCCCAUCUCCCGCUGUGCACGAACCCUCGUCAGAGGGCCUGCUCCUAUCCAGGUGACGUCCCGGCAACCUCAGGAACUGACAAGCCCCACUGCUGCCUUGCGUUUGCCCUUGCCAUCGGCUGCAGCUGCCCCUUCGCUCUACGCACAGGGUUUUGCCCUCCUCCCUAGUGACCUGGCCUAUGGAGCUUUGGCCGAUCCUCCUCCUCCACUGCUGUACCCUUUCAACGGGACACGCCCUUUCACCCCCCCUGCGGGAGCCCUGCCGGCCACUCCACCGGCACUCGUCACGCCUCCUACAAAGGGAAGUGAGUCCUGGGCGGGGCAGCCCCAGGUGCCAACGUCUGUGGGUCCCUGGCUCCUAAACCAGCUGGAAGAGUCGGCACAGUUCUGCUCCGACAACUGCUGGACCCACCAAGGACAUUAGGAAAGAUACACUGGAUUCCCCUCCGGGGCAAGUCACACAAGUGUUAGUGGACAAGUCCUGGCAUCAGAGCAGCAUCAACCCAGCCUGCUCACCUGGCAUCAAGAGGAAGCCAGCCAAAUUGUCAUGAUAUGGGAGGAGAAAAAGGGCGGCCCCAUGCUGCUAUUCACCUCUGAGGUCAGACGGCGCCUUACAUUUGUGUGGAAAGGGCGAUAUCCGGCCCCUCUACUUGCUGUCAAAGUUGAUGAGAAGGACAGGGGCUGUUGGCGUGCAGCAUGCCAAGUUUUGUCCAGCGCGUCAAUGUCCAAGACUUUUCACCGCUCAUCGACUCGGAAAUUUCUGGAAAAAAAACAAAGCCUCAAUUUCUUUCGUUGUGUGUGCUGUAGCACAUGCCUGGCUGGCCAAAGGGCGCUCACUGUGCAGUGUUUUAAAAGCACAGUGGCGUGUAGGCUUCACUGCAAAUUAGAAUGGUAAUCCUAAUGAACGAGAGGGAGGUCUGUGGGAAGUGGUGGAUUAUUGGUGUGUGUUGUAAUGCACCACAUCUGUCACUUCCUUGCCAGACACUGCGCGUGUGCUUUUAUAAGCAGAGCUAUCCAGGUGACGGUCGCAGUGCGACUCUUGAGGCCUUGGGACUAUUUGGGAUGUUGUUAAAAUUAAAUUGAUCAGCAAGGAGUGCACUUGUAAGAAGGAAAAAAAAAAGCACAUCUUUGCUGAGCACAAAUGUAGUUAUAUAGUGACCCUUUUCUCUGUGUGUUGUAUGUCCAAUUCACUAUAGCCAAAGUGUAGGUGGCUGUUUCCUGGUCAUUUAUUUUCUUUUUUUAAAUUGUUGCUGUCACACGCCCCUCGAAAUCUAGUUCAUUGUAAUGUUCGACCCAGGUAUGAAUGUAUCACGGUAUGAAAGUCACUAGACUAUGAGGAAACAUUGUUAUUGACUUCUGAGGGGUGGACUGUAGUCUUCCACGACAAAACUACCGCUUGUCACUCUCCACUUCAGGCCCGUUUCUUAUGUACAUCCUCAUAUUGUUAAGUUUAGUGUGAUAUAGAAUAGUUGCUGGACAGUUAUUACAGAACUGCAGUUGACUCAUGGUAAUUCUAACUCCUUUAUGAAAUCGUCUGUUAAGUCAAACAUAUUUCUAAUUUUUGUGGCUCUGCUUUAUUUUCAAGACAUUAAAACUGCACUACACUCGAAUCUCAUUAAUUCAAACACGCUUAAUUCGAACUUCCGGUUAAUUUGAACUUACGCUGUGGUCCUGUGAAAGCUAUGUGUAUUCCAAUUGGUGAAAACGCCCUGUAAUUCGAACGCGCAAGCACUUGCGACGGUUAAUUCGAACAUACCGCUCUUCGAAAAUGCUCUCAAUACCACGCCAAAUCCCGCGACAGCACCUCCGACACCUCAAUGCUGCGCGCGAGGAAGGGAAAGAAAAGGCUGCAGCGGAAUAUUUGCUCUCUCUCAAAUGCCUAUCUGCGGCGUGCCUAUGUUGCUAUUCUCUUUUUUCUGUCCUUGCCACGUAGAGACCUUCUUUCAAUGCCGCGCAUGAAGAGAGAGAGGGAAAAAAAGAAGAAAGCUGUCGCGGAGUGUUGGCUCUCUCUCUAAUGCUGAUCUGCGGCGCGCUGGUGCCACGCUUCCCCUUUCCUGUCCCUGCCACGUAACGUAGAGACCCUUGUCCUUUGAGCGCUGCUCGCGAACAGGGCAAAAAAAAAAAAAAACCCCGCUACAGAGUAUUAAUUCUCUCUCCAAUGCCGAUCUGCUCAUCGCCCCGCGUUGAGACGCUCCUUCUUUCUCUUCAUGUGCUGGCUACGCUCCAGCUGCCAUCGCUGUCGUCGUCUUUAGAGAGUGUUAGCACUGUACUUAGCUGCGCGUUACUUCUCCUGCCAGGAGAACGCUGAAGCCGAAGUUAAAAUGCUUCACAAACUGCGUGCAAAAUUCACUGCAAGACAAACGUGUGCAGACGUGGAUCACCGAUUACUUCAGUUAAUGACGGAUGUCCUGUGAUUUGUGAAUAAAUGUAAGUCUUCUGAAGCUUCCCUCUCGUGUGUUAGCUCAACGCACAUGCGCCACUGCGUGGUGAGCCCUCUAUUCUUUUAGCUUUCAUUAAUUCGAACUUCUUUUUAAUUCAAACAAAUUUUCGGGCCCCUUCGAGUUCGAAUUGUCGAGAUUCGAUCGUAUUAACUUAAUUCUGUCGUUUGAUACUUUUUGCUUCUCUGUACCAAAAAUAUUAGCAGUCUGUGUUCUUGUUUUUCCUGAUAUGUUGAAUUGUGUUAUACAUACACUUUCAUCAAAUAAUUCUGGGUCCUCUUGAGUUUGAAUUAAAGAGUCUGCUGCAAUUCUAUUGCUAUGUAGAGCUGCUUUAGAGUACUCUGUUCAACUUCAGCUAUUCUGCAUCGUACACUGAUGGCAAGAUAACUCUGAUAGCUGUUGUUGUAAUGGAGCUUCAUGAAGUCACUUUCAAUCCAGGCCAUUGUUUAGAACCCUAUGCACCAGGUGCUUUAUAUUAGGUAGUUUCCCACCUUGCUUUAUUUUAAAGCUCUCAAAUUAAGCAAAAAUGUUACAUAAUCUUAUUCCGUAAGCAGUAGGCUACAGUUGCAUUCUCUUUAAGGCCAUUGGCACUUUUGUUUUCUAACAUAGCAUGGCGAAGAGUGUGUACACGUGCGCCAAUUUCUAUUUGGUCGCAGGCUUAGCACUACAUAUGCUUCACAUGAAGUAGCAGCAAGUGCCAGCUAGUGCUUCGAGACUGCUGUUGUGUUGCUUCACAUUCCUCAGCCAUUUCCUUUUAGCAAUUAACGCUACUGUGUUGCUCAACAUUAUACUGCAUUUGGAAUAUUUAUAAAUUGUAAUGAAGCAGAUUCCAAUGUUUGUUGUCUAAAGUGCAAAAUAAUGCCUUUUUAUGGUCAUACACUGGUCAUGGUCAUUAUGAUCCUUUUGAGCCAUUGCCUGCACACGCUGUCGCAUCACAAAUUGCUUGCAUAGCACCUCCCUUUCUUGCAACACUUUGCAUAACACCGGUCCCCAGUGAUGUGUAUUAUAUUUGUGCAUAGUGUACGCUAUGGUAUAGACCACUUAUAACGUAAGUCGCGGGAGUCUCGAAUAUCCGCCCUAUUAGCGGUACCGCACUAUAACCAAAACAUCUCGAAUAUACGCACUAUUAGCGAUACUGCACUAUAAUCAAGAGUCUUUUUCAAGAGGUGCGUUUGUGCAAAACCUGUUGAGCAUCCAGUUUCGUGUGUCCGAGAAUCGCAGCAUGUGAUGGGUGGUGCUUACAACCGUUUAAGUUUCCGAAUGUUAAGAAAAAAUAACAUCCCAAGACAUGCGUUACCAAGGUAAGAAAUGAACAA